AUGGCGCCCCGAAGAGAAGAGUUGAAGCCGCAGCUCGUGAAAGAGGCGCGGGCUGCAGGCUUCCUAGUGCUUCCGGAGAAGCCUCUUCAAAAUGAUGAGGCCUUGUCGCAGCACUAUUUGGACUUGCGGCUGCCCAGCAGCCGCUUUUCUUGGCAGAGAGCAGAGGAGCACCCUCAGGGCGCGGAGGCUGCCGAUAGCUUCGCCCGGCUGCGUGUGGUGCAGCCCAGUGCCCCGCUGCCCCGGCCGCUGCCCCCGGAUGGCAUCGAAGCGCCGCGCUGGCGCAGGUCCUUGCAGGUCUUCUCGAAUCCCCGGCGCCCAAGCCGCAGGACCCGGAGGAGCAGCGAUGCCAUCAUCAAGCGCGUUUUGGACGUGGAGAGCGACUCUGCGGAGGAGUCCGAGGAGGACGCGGCGGCCGAGAAGAAGGCCGAGCGCGCUGAGGGGCAGGAGGACUCCGAGAAGGCAGAGGAUGACCCGCGCACGCUCAUGCUCAUGGCGGUGGCCGAAGUUGCCAUCAAGGGCUUUUCGCCGGGGACGCUGGUGAACGAGUCUGUGCAGGAUGAGAUCACCGAGCGCCUCUGGCGCGAGACAAGAGUGCUGGGUUUGGAUGCCGUGUCUCCCCUGGCCUUCCUGGUGAAAGCGCUGGCUGCGGCAGACCACAGCUGGUGGCAGAUUGAGCUGGCAAUGAAGGUGUUGACCCAAAAGCUCGGGGCCAAAGAGCGGAAUGAGAUUGCCAAGAACGCCCUGUGCCAGGACGAGUUCGGCAAGUUCAUUCAGGACAUGCAGAGUGGCCUCAGCUCGACCUCCAUCGAGGUCAUGCGCUUCGACAGCUACGCACGGAGCAGCGCUUACCAGCGCAUCUGCAACAUGGUGGGCAGCGCCAAAGACUGCCCCGACGGCCUGAGAGUGCAGCAGGAGCUGCUCCUUCGCUCCCUGCGUGAUGGCGUGCACAACCUCACCUCGGUGAAGAAGGUCAUAGAGGAAUCGCACAGGCUCUUGCACGAGGCGCGGCUGGCGGAGUUGGAGCAGCAGCAGUGGUCCGCGGAUCUGCCCAGGCGGAGGGACUCCACGAAUCAGUUCCUGACAGACAUGGAGGAGAUGAGGCAACAGAAGUCCAUGAAGCUGGAGGAAGACUUUCAGGUGGCCGGAAGGCGCUUCGGCCGGAUCCUGGAGGAGACCAAAGAUCUGGAGAAGCUGGCUGUGGAGCACGAAAGGAAGGCAGAGGCCCAGGCCCAAGCCCUGGUGGAGCUUGAGGAGGAAUACCGGGAUCUUCAGGAGAAGGUGCGGCGCACCAAACAAGGUAGUGAUCGUCAUAAAGGCGAAUACCAGGCCUACAAGCAGGACUUAGAGGAUCAGAGGGACACCCUGACGAUGCGAGUCAAAGGAGCACAGCGGAUAGUGGAUGGACACGAUCUUCAGAUGGAAAGCUAUCAACGGGACCUGCAGGAGCUGAUCGUGGAGGAGGUGGCGAAGGACAUGCAGGAAGAGGCUGAGCGCAAAGUGGCGAAGGCAAAGCAGACUCGGGAGAAAACCCAGGCAAUGUACCAAGAUGCCCAGGAGCGGCUGAGGACGGUGGAGGAUCUGCUUGGGGCGAUGAAGGCCAGCUUCAUCACCGGCAACGUCAUGGAGGAGCUCAUGCGAAAGAAGCAGGAGGUGCCGCGGUUGGCAGAAGAGGCCCAGAAGGUGGAGGCGCAGAUGGCCAGGGACAGGCAGCGCCUGGAAGAGCUGCAGAGCUGGCUGCGGGAGUUUGGGCAGCCAGAGGUGGCUGCUGGCUGCAGUCGCUUUGUGGAGGCAGCCAAAAGCCGCGUCCUGGAUCUGCCCGAGUUGCCCAAGGCAUCAAAGAGCAGUCCCUUGCAGAUGGCGAUGGUCCUUGCCAGGCUGCUGCCCCGGCAGGGUAGAAGACUGGUGCGGAAGGCGAACAGCCAGCCGAAGGCAGAGGACUGCCCGGAGUUCGCCUGGCGGCGCCGGGCGCUGACCCGGUCGCGCUUGGACGCGGUGGCGGAGAAGCCGAACCUGGAGCUGCCCACGUUGGCGCAGGCCAUGCCGCAGCGGAGCUACUACUGCGACAGCCGCUGGCGCUGGCGCCUGCUGCGCAGCUUCUCGGCCCCUGGGCUGCUGGACCGAGAGAGGCGCCCAGUCCGGCGGCCUUCACCACGGAAGCCCGGUCGGAAGUCUGCCAUCGCUGCGGGUGCAGUUUCGAUUACGACUGAAGGCAGCCAGCACGGAUCCCGGCGGCCCUCGCUGAUCGAAGAGCUGGAAGGGCCCUUGGCUGUGGAGCCCUUCACCUAUGGCUCAGCGCGCCGAGCGCCGGCGCCGGCUUGGCGCUGGCCCACCGUGGAGGUGCCUUGGGAGUGCUGGCGCCAGACUUGGUUGAGCCUCUGGGAGGACGCGCAGCAAGUCUUUGAGGCAGUUCCUCCAGACGCCUUCGCUAACGAAGGCGUGCCCAUGCUGCAGGGGGAGCUCUGCAUCUCCUACUUUUGGACGGACUGUCACCUGCACUUGCAGCGCUUGCGGGCGACUAUCUCUCAAGGCCUGCGGAGUUUGCUGCAGCUGCGCAGCCUGGAGCGGGGCCUCAAAAACGCCCAGCAGCUGCUAGGGGAGAAGCGCCGCACCAAAGCCAGGCGCGGCCAGGCUCCAACAGACGAGGAGAGGGAGGAGCAGGAGCUGCACGUCCUCGCUGAUGGCUGCCGGAAGCUGAUCGAAGAGUGCACCCAGGCCUUUCAGGAGGGUCUGAAGUGGCAGCAGGAGCAGAUGUGGUUCACGGCCUCGCUGCUGGCGCAGCUCUGCGGGCUGCGGGAGGCCUUGCUGGACCUGCUGCGCCGAGUCAAGGCCCAGGCCGAGGAGCAGGAAGACCUGGUCUUCACCUGCCGCGUGCUGGCGCAGGCUGCAAAGCUGCCGGGUCUGGAGGUGCCGGCGGUGGCAAAGAAGAUGCGGGCGUGGCAGCAGUCCGCUCAGCUGAAUACCAUGAGCCUCCUUCAGCAGCACAAGGACUUGGCAGAGGAGUGGCGCCAGCUGAUGGGCCGCGAGGGGCCCUUGAGUCAGGCAGAGCGCCAACGAGGGCCCGUGCUGGCACAAAAGUGUAUGGACCUGGAGGAGGCCGUAACCGACUUGUGCACUGCUAUGCACUGCACACUGGAGAAUCGCUGGAUGCGUCGGAAGGCCGUGGACCGCGGCGAGCACUUGGACUGGCAGAAGCGGGCGGUGCUGAUCAAGGCGGGCAGCCGAGAGCCUCUCGAGGACAGCGCUCGUCUGGCCUCCAAGAGCCAGGAGCGAGGAGCGGCAGCAAACUGCGCUGCUGAAGAAGCGCACGCGCCUCCUGGACUCAGGCGCCGUUUGUGGGCGGCGGUCGAAAGAGAAUAUGCGUAG